CAGCAGGCACCAGAGAGAGCGCCAACGGCCGCCCUCCGAGACCGGCGCACGUGGCUGGCUUACCCCUCUCGUCACAUCCCACACGCCCCGGAGCAGCAGCCAUGGCCGCGGCGGCGUUCCUCUGCGCCAGGGCGGCGGCGCCCGCGCUGCUCCCUCCCUCGCGCCGGCUGCCCCGCCGCCUUCUCGCCUCCCGCGCGGUGGCGUCCUCAUCCUCCGGGGAAGGCGGUGGGGGAGUGGGGUUCCAGGGGAAGGUGGGGUUCCUGGGGCUCGGGAUCAUGGGCUCGCCCAUGGCGUCCAACCUCAUCAAGGCAGGCUGCGACGUUACGGUGUGGAACAGGACCAAGAGCAAGUGCGAUCCCCUCCUCAGCCUCGGUGCCAAGUACGAGCCUUCACCGGCUGAAGUCGCUUCAUCUUGUGAUGUGACAUUUGCGAUGCUUGCUGAUCCACAAAGCGCGGCUGAGGUUGCAUGCGGGGCCAAUGGAGCUGCAGAAGGGUUGGCCCCAGGGAAAGGGUAUGUUGAUGUGUCGACGGUUGAUGGCGCUACAUCCAAGCUGAUCGGCGAACGUAUUAUAAGUACCGGGGCAUCUUUCCUUGAGGCUCCAGUUUCAGGCUCGAAAAAGCCGGCAGAAGAUGGGCUGCUCAUCUUUCUUACUGCAGGUGAUGAAUCCUUGUACAAGAGAGUGGCGCCCCUCCUUGAUGUCAUGGGGAAGUCAAGAUUUUAUCUCGGCGAUGUAGGCAAUGGUGCGGCGAUGAAGCUUGUCGUUAACAUGGUCAUGGGGAGCAUGAUGGUUUCCUUCUCAGAAGGGUUGCUCCUGAGUGAAAAAGUUGGCUUAGACCCAAAUACUCUUGUUGAGGUUAUUUCACAGGGUGCUAUCAGUGCUCCCAUGUUCUCCCUGAAGGGCCCAUCCAUGGUUAAAGCUGCAUAUCCUACUGCCUUUCCUCUGAAGCAUCAACAGAAGGAUCUGAGGCUUGCGCUGGCCCUGGCAGAAUCGGUGGCCCAGCCCAUUCCUACUGUUGCAGCGGCCAACGAGCUGUACAAGGCUGCGAAAUCACUCGGCUUCGCUGACCAUGACUUCUCGGCGGUUAUUGAAGCGCUCAAAGCCAAAGUGCAGAGCUCGCAGCAGCAGUAGUUUGUUCAGCUACCAUUGAGGCAUUAUUUUGUACUUGUAACAGAUGACGAAGUUGAAACCUAGGGAAUUCCUAAAGAUCGCUAAAGAAAGUUUUUCUCUGUUCUAUGAACAAUAAUUUUUUUAUUUGUAAAAAGAAUAAUUUUGAUUGAUGACAGUACGCCGGCACGUGCAAGCCAACAGCA